UAGCCGAGCAAGUAGCUAUCGCUAGCUAGCAAGCUGUGCUUGUUUUUCUUUUACUGUUAUGUAGAAUUAGUUUAAAUUACACAGUAAAACUCUGGAAACUGUAUGUUUUUUUUAAAAUAAUAGUUAAAAAUGUUAAUAAAUUCACAGAAAUUAUGAAGAAAAUCGGUAAACUGAUGUACUUCCGGUUUGUUAGCGUUGAACAAUUAAAGAGCCCUCAGUAGAGAUAUAAGGUUGAACAUUACAAGCCUUUUUAAAAAAUGGAUAAAUUUGUGGUCCGUAUUUCAAAAGAUGAUCAGGCAAGAAAAGGACAAAAACAAGAAGAGAAAGUGUACAAACAGGCAACGCUUGAGUCUUUGAAGAGGGUGGUGGUGAUCGAGGACAUCGAAAGGUUCAAGUCCAUCCUCGAGUUGCCCGGUCAGACCAAAGAAAACAUGUUAAAUGCUCUGACGGAGCUGGACAAGAAAGUGCCUUCUAAAGAAGUGCUCAAGUCCACUAGGAUCGGUCACACAGUGAACACGCUGCGUAAGAGUCACCCGGACGCUGAGGUGAAGUUCAUGGCUCGUCAGGUCUACACACACUGGAGGACCUUCAUCGAGGAGAACGCCAACAAGCCGUCUAUUGAGGUCCGCUGUGACAAACAGACCGAGGAGCUCAGGAGUAACGCCAGGAAACUCCUCGCUGACAGUAUGGGCUUAGAGGCUGACUCUGCACUGGUGGAUAACGUGGAGAGGGAGGUGUUUCAUCAGUGCUCGCGGCUGAUCAGCGGAGCGUACAGGAGGAGCGUGAGGGCGCUGGUGUUCGCUCUCAGACACAAACCGGACGUCCGAGAGCAGGUGAAGGAUGGGAGGGUCGGCGUGAACGUGUUCGUCAGAGACCACAAGAAGAAACAGUGACGCUGAUGAUGAAACAUCUUCAAAAGACUCUAUUUAGUAUUUUUAAAUGUUUUAAUUUUUUUGUAAACAGUAAAUAUCUUUAAUGUAGAAAUGUAUUAUUCGAAAUUGAAAUGAAUUCUCUGUAUGUACCUGUAGUAUGAUUUUAUAUUUAUAGUUUUAUCAGCUUCUCAGCUUUUAAUGUGUUUUUUUUUAAGCAAGCAAUCUCUGUGUAUUUAAAAAUUUUUUUUUAAAGAGCCGUUCAAGUCAAACCGAGACUUGAUGUGAUGGUAAAAUUUCUGGCGGGGACCAGGCGAUUGACGUUUACUAAAGACUUCUAGCACAGUACGGUGAUGAGACUCUUAGCCACUGUAAAACAUUUGAAUGAUGUGGAUGUUUUAAAGAACUUGGAGCAAUAAGAGUCUUUCUGUCUGUGUGACCUGUUUGCCAUUUCCAAAUGUUUGUAAACAACAUUAAAGAGGUUCCUGGGAAGCCGGCGUUUCAGACAUGAAUGAAGCAGGCAGUCUGAUCUUUGAUCCUCGAUCCCCUCAUGGUAUCGAAACGCUGUGAUAAGUGCAUGAGCAUAGCAGGAGAUUAUAUAGAGAAAUAAGUAAGUUUAUUCUUUCAAUAUGUUAUCAAAAGUCCCGGUUUGACUCGAACGGUCCUGUAACCUCACGUGACACAAACUGACCAUGAGGACCAAAUGGAAUGGAUUUUAUUUUAUUAUGACCUUUUUUUUUAAAUAAACA